GGGCUGAUUUACCUCAUCACUGCCGCAUACCCGUGAAUGCAACUGUUGAUGAAUCAAUUCCGACAAUUGUUAACGCGCGUGGAGAAGAGGAGCUAUCCCAAUGUACAAUGUACGAAAAUGUAUACGCAAAUUCAACGGGGAUUGUAACGAAACGGAUCAUACCUUGUAAAAAUGGUUGGACGUUCUACAAAGAGACGGACCUUACGCAUACGAUAGGCAUGGAGUGGAACCUUGUCUGCAAAGAUGCCCCCUUGGUUGGUACGGCUCAAACAAUCUUCACAGCGGGUGUUCUCGUUGGGGCACUCUUCUUCACUUCUAUGGCGGACAACAUCGGGAGA